AUGUCGUCGCCGCGGCGGGCCGUCUACAGCAUCGACCACAUCCUGGGCCGGCGGCCGCGCGACCACGUGGAACUAAAGACCGAGAGCCGAGCGCACACGCCGUCCGACUCGGAGCUGGAGCUCGAGCACGAACACGAGCACGAGCACGAGCACGAGCACGAUCACGAGCGUGAGCAUGAGCAGGAGCUUGAGCAUGAACGGGAGCAAGACUCGGCGCGGGAGCCGCUGGAGUUGGACUCAUUAGAUACCGGACGACCGAGAAAGCAGGUGCGCCGCAGCCGGACCACGUUCACCACCUACCAGCUGCACGAGCUGGAGCGCGCCUUCGACGCCACACAGUACCCCGACGUAUUCACGAGGGAGGAGCUGGCUCUCAGACUAGAGCUCAGCGAAGCACGUGUUCAGGUGUGGUUCCAGAACCGGCGAGCAAAGUGGCGCAAGCGCGAGAAGGCGCUGGGCCGCGAGCACGCUCCCUUCCUCCACCACGACCACGUGGUGAGCGAGUGGAACGGUGCGGGCGCUGGCGGCGAGUGGUGGGCGCUGGGACUGGGCGCGCUCGGCGUGGCCCCACCUUUAUGGCCCGCUGAACCUACUGCCUUCCGAGCCUUACUACACAGGUACGUGCUAUCGCUCCCGCCGGCGCUGGGUCCGCUGGCGCCGCCGCCGCGCUCCCCAUCACCUAGAAGCGGCAGAAAGCACAGGGAGGACAAUGUACAGUCUUGA